GCAAUCAACGCAGCCGAUUUCGUCAGCAGCCGAACCCCGCCUGCCCCACGAUCUGAGCUUCCGUCAAUUCUCCAAUUCUCCAACUUCACCACCUACACAAUGGCCGACAACGAGUCCGAGUCCAAGCGCUUCACACCCAAGGUGCCCGUCCAGCUGGACCCGCCAAAGGACGACCUUAUCUCGCCGGAGGAAUUGGCCAAAUGCGACGGCACCGAUCCCAGCCGCCCGACUCUCGUCGCUAUCAAGGGCACUGUCUUCGACGUGACCCGUAACGCCGCCUAUGGCUCUUCCGGACAAUAUCGCGUCUUUGCCGGCAAGGACGCCUCCCGCGCCCUCGCCCAGUCAUCGCUAAAGCCCGAAGACUGUGUGCCCGAGUGGUACGAUCUGGACGAUAAGGAUAAAAAGGUGCUGGACGAGUGGUUCACCUUCUUCAGCAAGCGGUAUAAUAUCGUCGGCAAGGUUGAAGGUGCCAAGAACACCUAG